UCAUUUUGCUUCCCCACCAGUCACUUCAAAGACGUCAAAGACUGUAGCACUGUUUUGCUCAUCUUCUAAAUAAUUUUUUGAAGUAUGUCUUACUUGCAAAGUUGACAGAGAAGGUGGUGAUACUUGCUGUAAAAGAUGAUCCUGUCAAUAAAUGUAGUUAUUUUUAUCUGGUGGAUAAAUCAUGCUAAUGUUCAUGGAAAUGAGAGGGAGAAGAUUAAUUCAGAUGACAUUACUCGUAUUUUGGAUCGAUUACUGGAUGGUUAUGACAACAGACUGCGACCUGGAUCUGGAGGUGGAGUUACAGAGGUGAAAACAGACAUAUUUGUCACCAGUUUUGGACCUGUUUCAGAUGUUGAGAUGGAGUACACCAUGGACAUGUUCUUCCGUCAGACGUGGGUGGAUGAGCGGCUGAAAUUUGAGGGCCCAACUGAAAUCCUGCGGUUGAACAACCUCAUGGUGGAUAAGAUCUGGACCCCAGACACUUUCUUCCGCAACUCUAAGAAGUCCAUAUCCCAUAACAUGACCACACCAAACAAGCUUUUCCGCAUCAUGAAGAAUGGGACAGUCCUGUAUACUAUGAGACUGACAAUCAGUGCAGAGUGUCCAAUGAGACUGAUGGACUUCCCCAUGGAUGGACACGCCUGUCCUCUCAGGUUUGGAAGCUAUGCCUACACCAGUAGUGAAAUUAUGUUCACCUGGAAGAAGGGACCAGUUGCAUCAGUCGAUUGUCCCAAAGAGUCCAUGAGUCUCCUUCAGUAUGACCUGGUGGGACAGACUUUGUCCAGUGAGAUUUUCAAAGCGAACACAGGUCACUACUCUGUGCAGGUGGUCCAUUUCCAUCUCCAGAGGAAGCUGGGAUAUUACCUCAUACAGACCUAUAUUCCCCUUAUAAUGGUAGUUGUUCUCUCACAAGUCUCUUUCUGGAUCAACAAGGAAUCUGUUCCUGCUCGCACAGUUGCUGGCAUCACCACAGUGCUGACCAUGACCACUUUGAGCAUCAGUGCCCGACAGUCGCUUCCCAAAGUGUCCUAUGCCACUGCCAUGGAUUGGUUUAUAGCUGUGUGUUUUGCCUUUGUGGCGUCCGCUCUCGUUGAGUUUGCAGCAGUAAAUUACUUCGCCACCCUGCAGGCCAAUCGUCUGAAGAAGCAGAAAGCCAGACAGGACAAGCUGGAGGUGCUGGCUACUGGCAGUGACGAUGAUGACACUGUAUCGCCGGAGAGCAGCCCUCGUGGAGGCCUCAAGAGGAGGAACCACUCGGUUUGUCGCAGUGAGCCUGAUGAUGCUCCCCCACUGCCAAUCUUCCUCCAACAGGGCUCAGCUUUUCCUCAAAUCCCACAGUUGGCUGGCACCAGCCCUAUUGACAAGUACGCCCGCAUCCUGUUCCCCCUGGCCUUCGCACUCUUCAACCUAGUUUACUGGUACAUCUACCUGGCCAAAGACACCAUGGAGCAAGCCAGGGACACAGAUACGACCUCUUAAAAACGGACCUGGAAAAGGGCAUGUGCCGCCAGAGAGACCGUCACUAUCCAUCCAGCCUCAUCUUUCCCCACCUCUCUGCAUGAACAAGCUCUCAGCAUUUGCACUGCUCUCAUGUGACAGAGGAAAUGAAUCAGAAACUCAUUUAUUCUCCUGCCGCACAUCUAUUCAUUUCACAGGCUGUGACCACUGCCCACUUGUGUUCUGAUCAGCUGCUGAAGAGCUGUCCUUCACGGGCCUCAGACACUUUACAACCCAAACGUACUCACAACUUCCCAGGGUCCCGGACUAACACAGACACCACACACAUACAGUAUACAUGCUGCUCAGACUCACACUUAGACAUGCUUGCACGCAUACACACAAACCAAGAAACACAUCAAAAAGAAGUGGAUGAUAUAAUCUAUGAUGGCUGUAACUGGUGGUGAUGCAACAGUGAACCAAUGCUCUCAGAAGUCUGCCCUCUACAGAAGCACAGCUCCCACUACAACAAGAUCAAAGACAAUUUAGAGGAGGCUCGCAUCCCUCCUUGUAGCUUCAAAAAUGUACUCAAACCUGAGAAAAUGAAUUGUGGGAUUGUGUUUUCCAUCCCACCUUUCUGCUCUGGUACUCUGGUGCUCCCUUUGCAUUUUCAGAUGUACUGCAGGUUCUGGAAGUGUUGCAGGGAGGAGUGGGACAGCACCCAUGAGUGUCUCUGAAAUUAUUAUUAUUAUUAUCAUUAUUAUUUUGUAAGAAUGUAUGGUUAUUUGGUACACAUAACUGCACAUCCUGUCUGCCUGGUUCAAAUGAAAAUAUGUCCUAUUAGGCAGUUAAUAGCUUUAAACACUGAAGGACUAAACUUGAUCUUAACUUGGCUGUGGUCAUUUAUACCCCACAUCGUUUGACCUUGUGGGCAUGUACACAGUCCUUCUAUGCCAUGCAAGGGACAAAACAAGAAUAAAACACGGCGAAAAAUCA